AUGGAUAAUCCUAAAAUAGAGGACAUAUACACCAACAGGGCAACCGUCUCACCUCAUUGGCUUCCUGGUGGCAACACUUUCUGGUAUCGUCGUUACUUGUCACCCGAAGAAUUCGAAUUUGUGUUCGUGGAUGCUGCGAGUAAGAAGCGCCAGCCCGCCUUCGACCAUACCAAGCUUGCAGAAGCAUUAAGACAACAAGGCAUUCAAGAUGUCGAAUCUCAUAAGUUGCCUUUCACCUGGAUUGACCUUUCCCCUGAUGGAACGUCAACCCGUUUCACUUGCAAUGGAAAGAAAUGGGCAUACGAGUCCGAUUGCACUCUCAAAGAAUGGGAUGGCAUCUUCGAACAAUCAAAACGCCAGUUGCUGACCAAGGAACGUCCCUCGCGGCGAAAACAUCAGCAUGUAGCAGUAAACUUUGUCAACCAGACUGGUGGAGUUCUGUCAAAGUAUUGGAUCGGCUGGGAUGGGAAGCCCAUUUUUUAUAACAAAAUAGGUACAGGAAAAGUUGAUCGACAGCAGACCAUAACAGAACAUGUCUGGAAACUAGUCGAUGACAAAACAGAAGAUGUGAAAGCAAUAUUUGUUGCGAUUGAUGGAGGCAAAGACACUCUUGUAAUUGACGACAAUACCAUGGCAGAAGCAGCUUGCCAAGAUGAGAAAGAAUGCACAGAAGAGGAAAAAGAAGAAGAGAAGGAGAAAAAGACCAACCCGAAAAUUUCCGACUUACUGUUUAUUCAAGACUAUCAGCUAUGGGCCACGGAUCCUGAUGGUACAAAGUCGCCAGUAUCUUCCAAUGACACAGUGGAAAAUCAGUACGAUGGCUCUAGGAUUUUCACGUCCCGCGAUCUGAAGUUUGCUGUUGUUUGGCAAUUCACUCCUGAGGAGGAACACAAACUGCAUCUAAGGGAAUCAGCCCCCGCCGACCAGCUUCAGCCAAAAGUGCGGACCGUUCGGUAUCUAAAACCGGGUGACCGUGUUCGGGUCGACAGGCCUCGGCUGUUCAGCCUAGAAUAUAAGUCAGAAGUCCCCACCGACGACGCCGUAUUCAAGAACCCGUACAAAAUUCAGAAUAUCGGCUGGAACUCCGACGGCUCCGAAUAUUACUUCGUGUUCAAUGAACGCGGACAUCAAACCCUUCGCGUCAUCGGCAUCAACAUAUCUGGCAAUGUAAAGGCUCUUGUUGAAGACAGCAGCGGAACAUUCAUCGAUUAUUCUUCCAAGCUCUACCAUCGAUUCUUCAAGAAGACCAACGAGCUGAUAUGGGCUAGCGAGCGUGAUGGGUUUAACCACCUGUACCUAUUUGACUUGACGACCGGAGAACUGAAAAAUCAAAUAACAAAAGGGGAGUGGAACGUCCACUCUGUGACAUCUAUUGACGAAGAUAAAAGGGAGAUCUGGUUUGAAGGAUACGGCAUGGUAGCUAGUCAGGAUCCGUACCACGCACACAUGGCUCAUGUCAACUUUGAUGGGAGUGGGUUUAAAGUUCUCACUGAAGGUGACGGAACACAUAUAUGGGCAUGUUCCCCAGCUAAACGGUACUUUGUUGACACAUGGUCACGUGUGGACUCUGUCCCAGAAUCCGCUCUACGAGACAUGGAGACCGGGGAGUUAGUCUUGCACCUAAGGGCAGAAAAUAAUGACACCAGCCAGCUUGUCCAGGACGGCUGGGUAGCUCCUGAGAGAUUCGAAGCUCCGGGGCGCGAUGGCAGGACAUUGAUCUACGGAAUCAUUAUCCGACCAUCCGAUUUCGACUCCUCCAAGAUAUAUCCUGUUCUUGAGGAUAUCUACGCCGGUCCCCACGACUUUCAUACUCCUAAGAAAUUCUCUAGCCUCUCUAGGUAUCGAAAAUGGGCAGAUCAAGGAUACAUUGUCGUCGCACUUGACGGGAUGGGGACAAAUUGGAGGUCGAAGAAGUUUCAAGACGUGUGCUACAAGAACCUCAAAGAUGCUGGUUUUCCGGAUCGAAUUGCAUGGAUAAAGGCCGCUGCGAAGACGCGUCCCUGGAUGGACACAUCUCGGGUUGGUGUGAUGGGUGCUUCAGCUGGUGGACAGAAUGCUGUCGCUGCGCUUCUUCACCAUUCCGACUUUUACAAGGUGGCGAUUGCGGACUCAGGAUGCCACGACAACAGGAUGGACAAGAUUUGGUGGAAUGAGCAGUGGAUGGGGUACCCGGUUGACAAGUCAUACGAAGACUCUUCAAACGUGGUUCAUGCGAACAAGUUACAGGGAGCUUUGAUGCUAAUAGUGGGCGAUCUAGACGACAAUGUUGACCCUGCUUCGACUCUACAGUUGGUUAAGGCUCUGAAUGAUGCUGACAAGGAAUAUGAGCUUCUUUUCAUUCCUGGAGGCGAGCAUGGCUGUGGGAGAUCAGAAUUCGCUACCAAGCGACAGGAAAGGUUUCUCAAGAAGCAUCUUUUGGUCUGA